AUGUUUACACAAUUCUUCGGACGUUUAUGGGAGAACGCCCAUUCCAAGGACACGAACGAAACACCAGUUCUGUCAUCUGGAACGGAACACGGUCUACUGGAACCACAAGCCUGCAAUAUUCUUCUUGCCAGAGUAAAAGCAAAAUAUCUUGGUUUAUUGUACACAAAAUACUGUCUGCAAAAAAACAUUUAUCAGCAGCACUCUCAAAUUUCAUGGUUUUAG